UAUCUUUUAUUGGUGUCUUUGUAAGUAGACGGCAAGCAGGAAAAAAAAAAGUUACUUCUAUGCAGGUUUACCCGGGAGAAAAAACAUUAUUAACCAAUAAAAGUGAAUUUAUAUAUAAAUAACAAAGUUUUUAUUAUUAAUUAUUUGAAUAAAACAAAAUAAUAAAUAAUAAUAAUGUCGGAAAGUGUUAAAAAUUUAAUGGAAACAUCUGGUGAUGAUAAAUCAUUGGGUAAUAUUGCUGUUGAUGAAAAUGUGCUCGCAAACGCGUCUACUGCUGAUUCAACAAUUCCCAAUGAUAGCCAAAGUUUUACAUUAGCAGAUUUUGAUUCCUCGUUGCAGGAAAUUGAUAGUAAAAAAAAUAAAGAUAAUGAGGAGUUACUGGCAAAAGCGCGGGAGCAUGAUGCUGUUCAAGAUGGUGGAGCUGUUGAAGAUUCAAGUUUACAGAGGAAUAUAAAUGACGAUGAUAAAGAUAAUAAAAAUAAAGACGAGCUAAUGGAGCGGAUGGAAGAAGAUGAAAUUAUAGAGGGAACUCCUCCGGAUGAAAGAGUUUCGCCGUUAAAAAGACCGAUGGCCAAAAGAAAUGGAUCAGAGGAGCCGGCGUCGAAAAUACAGAAAAUUGACACUGAUGUUAUUGAGCCGGUUAAAAGUUCUUUUGGCAGUGAGGCAAACUCUACUGAGCACUCUCAGGAUGAUAAAAGUAAAGAUAAAGUCGCAGAUGCUAAUGAAAAUACGGUGAAGGCUAUUGAUGGGGUCAAAGAUACUCUGGCUAAUGAUAAAGUGGAGGGUGAGUCACUUUCGGAGCUGUCCCAGGCUUUGGAGAACGUGCUGGAGGAUAAGGCCGAGAAGGACGAGGCACAAGACACAGUACCCGAUGAGCUGGUGGUCAAGUCCAGUGUAACUGGUGAUGCUUCUAAAAAAUCACGACAGAGUAUAGAAGUUAUUUUUGACAAAGCUUUAGCUCCGCCGCCAAAGCCCAAAGAAGUUGUGGAACUUGAUGAAGAUGGUGAAAAAAUUGUUUUGGAUUCUUCCCAAGAAGAUGAGGGCUCACAAGCUUCUGAUUCUAAUACGAUCGUCAAUAAUACUCGUAAUAAAAAUAAAAUAACAAAUGGUAAUAACUCUUCUAAAAGCUCUGAAAGUGAUCGCACUGCGAGUAUGCAAUCAGACUUGAGCGACGAAUCAGGAAAAAUAAAUAUUGUCGUCAAAGAUAACAGUGUUCCGAUUGUCGUGACGUUACCCAGUGACAAUGAAGCUGAUUCGUCAAUCGAAGACAACAAGUCUAAGAUUAAAACCGUACCAGUUGAACGAGAAUUCACAAUUGUCAUGAAAGUCAAAUGUUUGCUGCAUGUUGACAGUCAGAAUUCAAAGGAAUGCGUUGGGAAAGAAGUUACGGCAGUUUACUGUGAAAAUUAUCCUGAUCUUCAUUCACCGUCCAGUCGUAUGAAUAGUGACACAUCAAUUCUGGCUGAUGUAUCAGCAUCUGACAAUAAAGAAAUAUCAUCACCGUCUUCGGUAUCCAGCAAUCCGCAUCCAUUGCCUUAUUCCUUGCCACCUAGCCGUCACUCCAUUGUUUCAACAGUAAGCACAUCAAGCUCUUCCUCAUGCGCUUCAUCAGUCAAGUCUUCAAGCGGAUCUUCCACAAAGUCUUCAACAAAAGACAACCCGUUUUCUUUACCUCGUGGUUUUGCUAAACACGCAAAAAAGCCUCAUGAUAUGAAUGCUAUUGAUGAAAGUCCUGAAUACAUAAAGCAUGGAUGGCGUAAUGUCAAUUUGAUAACAACAAAUAUUAUUGAUCACCUAAAUAAUGAAAUAGCUACCGCUGAUUUAUCAGCACACAAUGGCAGCACCAAUGAACAUAUCGAUGGCCCGUUAACCAGAAUGGCAUCUUCAACUCCGGAGUCGAAAGCUAUUCCGUCAACUCCCAAGACCAGUAAGAAAGGCAAAGUUACUAAGAGAACUAAAACACGCAGCACUCGUUCACGAACUAAUGGAGCUACUAAAGCAUCUGCAGAAGCAGCAAUCAGUCUUCAAGAAGAAUUCAAAAGUAUGAAAGAGAAGGAAAAAGAAAAAGAUAAAGCACAACCAGCUGUUUCAACACCUAGCAGAGCUAGUAGCAGAGCUGCGAGUACUUUGAGAAAUCAAACACCAGUUGUUGAUGAAAGCGCUGAUAGUCGUGUUGGUAAAUUAUGUUUUGCUAAAUGGUCUGACGGUACUUAUUAUCCGGCAGUUGUUGUCAGUAAAAAUAAAACAAAAUUUAAAGUUAAUUUCUUUGAUGACAAAAGUAAAUUAGUCUCUGAAGCUUUUGUUUAUGUGAUUAAUGAUACAUUAUCACCAAAUGAUAUUGUCUGUGUAGAAAUAAAUGAAAAAGAUAGUUAUGAAUCAUCUGCUGUUAUUAAUGAAGUUGAAAAAGAUGGUGAUGAAGUUUGGUAUCAUCUAGAAACAGAAGAAAAAAAAAAUUUACGGCUUACUAUAAAAGAUAUAUUUUUGACACCAGAUCAUUUUAAAAAGUUUAAAGAAUCUGAGAUAGCUAGUGCUGAGGUACCAUCAACACCGCACUUUGAAAAAAUAACAUUGGAUAAUGUAAUCGAGGGUUCACGAAGACACAAAAGUACCACCAGCCCAUCGGCUUCACGGGCUUCGCAAGCCCAAUCACAGGGAACAAGUGGUAGCGGUAAAUCGGCAGCUUCGAAUCAAUCAAAUGCUAAAAAAAAUUAUGACACUUCAGAUUCCGACACUAAGCCCGAAGUUGUCACCGAACUGGGUGACGUUAACCCAGAGAUUGCUGGCAUAUCAAGCGCGUCCACCUCCAAAGGACCGUCCAGUAGGAUAAAAGGCAAAGGAAAGAGCAAGAAGAAAGCCGACGAUGAGGAGACAAUAAAGAAAUUCGGCCCGAUACCUGAACCCGGUUCAACUUUAUUCAAAAGAUUUAAUUUUAUACUAACUUGCGCGCCACUGGAGUGUCUAGAUGCUAUCAAACAAGCCAAGCCUGUGCCCAGCGAUUGCUCUGAAGAAGGAACCGACUACGAGGUCGAGUGGUCAAGCAUUCCAUUCCUACGUGAACGACUGGUCGAGCAAAUAACCGCUGGUGGUGGUCGUGUCUAUAAUACAUUCGACGAAAUCCCACCAGCAGAAUAUUCAAAGACCAAACUUAUCACCAACGUUCCAAAUAUCACAGCAACCAGCUUACUGUGCCUGUCUGUUGGUAUCUUACCUUACAAUCAUCAAUGGAUCAUCACGUCUUGCAUCAACAACAAACUUGGCAGUCCCGAGGGUUCAGAGCUGCCAGCCGGUUACAGUCUUCGACUAGAGAACUACGUCAAGAACCACGAGCGUCCCGGAAACAAACCCUUUGAGCAUCUGAAAGUCGUGAUACCAAAGAUAUCAGUAGCGGAGUCAUCUGUUAAUCUUUGGAAGCGCGUUAUUGAAAACGCCGGUGGUGUCGUUGCAUUUAUUGACAGUCCCGAGGACGAAUUCUUUGACGCGACUGUCGUCGUGACAAAUCAAAAUUGUCCAGCUUGGGUAGAGAAAAAAGCUCUGUCCUAUGAAAUUCCACUAGUGACAACAACCUGGGUCGUCCAAUGCAUCGUCGAGGGAGCGACCGUACCAGGGAUAGAAGAACGUUGUAAGCACAAAAAAACAUCAGAGCCAUCAUAAAAGUCAUCAAAAGGUCCAUUUAAUCAUAUAUUUUUAUUAUAAUUAUCUUUUUUUAAUACGUUUCCCCAGAGGUUUAUAUUUUAUGUUAUUUAAAAUAAUGAAAAAAAAAAUAAAAAUCCUCACAAUGAAUUUUGUAAAUCAUAAUUACUAUUAAUUUCUUCUUUAUUUUUAAUCUUCUCUGUAAAUCAAUUUUAAAAUUUUACCUGUACUGUUGUAGAGAAGAGUGUGGAGGACAUAAGCAACUGAAAUAAUUAUAAUAAUUAAUGAUAAUAAAUAAUAUUAAUGAACAAUUACUAGAAUUUCGGUACAUGAACAUUUAAUGUGUAAAAAAAUAGUGAUGAUGAUGAUGAUAAUAAUAAUAAAACAAGUACGUUUAUUCGAUACAAAUCUUCAUUUUUUCAUAAGCCGUAGUUAU